UGUUUUUAGGAGAGAAACCUGGGUAUAUAUUAUCUUGGUUUGAUUAUGAUGGUUACCUAGCAACAGCAUAGGAACAUGUCUUCCAAGUUGGAUGUGUUUGUUGACGAACACCAACUUUAAAGCUAAAAUUCGUUCAUAUUUCAUGGAAAACUCAAGGAAUACAAUAUGGUAUUCGACACAAGAGACUUAUCGAAGUCUCAUGACAAAAGAGAAAUUUUAAAAACGCCCGGAAAGUCGAAAUAUGAGAAGCAACGCGAAGAAGAUGUUGUAAGGAACGCUCGUGAGAGAGGAUAUCUGAAGGCUGCCACAGAAGACGCGAUAUGGGAAAAUAUCGGCGAAAAAUGCGAUUUAGCGGACAUAAGAUACCUAAAUAUGAGCACUAUUCAUCUACAUACAGUUCGGUCUGUAGACCUUUGUAGUGCGUUAAGGAUAUGUGUGCUAUCUAGUAAUUAUAUUACGAGUUUUGAAGCACUUGGCCAGUGCAGACAGCUGUUAUUUUUGGACCUUCAUGAUAAUCAGAUAACAAAAAUACCAGGGCAUAGGUUCUGGGCUGGACUAGAAGAUCUCCAGGUUGUUUAUCUCCAUAACAAUGGCAUUUCCAAGCUUGAAUACGUCCAAUACCUGGCUUCCUCUCCUAGUCUAUCAAUCUUGACAUUAUUUGACACGCCUUUAAGUUUGAAGCCCAAUUAUCGGCACCACAUUGUUAACAGUGUCUGGACACUUAAAGCAUUGGAUAAUUAUGUGUUAUCUGAUGAAGAAAUCAUUGAAGAUGCAACAUUUGGUGGUCAUUUUGCAGCAAUGCAUCCGUCAUUUUCAUUAGAACUGUAUCAAGCAGAAAGGAAGGAGCRCAAUUUUGAAGAAGCUCUGAGAAAGGUUCUCCGGUUGAUAGCCAAAGUGAAUAGUAUACAAGCAAAGAACUCACCAGUCUUGAUCAUACAGAAAUGCAUCAGGGGCUACAUAGCAAGGCAAAACGGCAAAUACCUACAAGAUAUGAGACUUUGGGCAGCGGUAUCUAUCCAGAGGUUUUACAGACACUACAAGGGAAUACCAUCACCCGUUCCCCCGCCUUCCUCGCCAGCACCAAGUAGGUCAUCCCCAGGAAUCUUCGACUACGACUCGUACAUCAGAAACAUGAGACCUAGUAACACUCCUUUAGUGUCACCAAGGACAUCAGAAGAAAGAAUCAAGGCAAAGGUAUCCAGUAAAAGUGUUUCUAUAAUUGUCGAGCCAAUUCCAAAAAUAGAAGAAGAGACUGAAAGCUUAGCGACUUCUCUUACGCCUGAAGACAAUAGUAAGGAACACGGAGAUUUUCCGGUCAGAAUUACGACAAAAGCGACUAUAAAUCUAAAGAAAUUGGAAACCAGCACCUCCGAUAUAAUCAAGUCUAAAGAAGAUGCUGUAACUGUUAUGAACAACGUUGGGCUAGAAGUCAAGCGCUCCAGUAAAAGACUCCUCAGUAAAGAGGAAUCUUUUGUUGGUGAAGGAAAGGAAAAAGAGAUCGAGAGAAAAUUUUCAGAAUUCGUUAAAAGCAAAGAACUGAGAAAAGUGGAAGAGAGGAUAAAUGAAAUAGUGAAAGAACGAAAAAAGAAUAAAUAUCGAGUUGGUCGGCGUGAUUCAGUGAGGGUAUUUUUUGGUCCUAUAGUAGAGACUCAUCCCAGAACUGAGAAAAAUCCUCUAAAGACAGAGCGAGAUACCAAAAGGAUCAAGUUCCGCCUCUCGGGACUCGAACCUCCAAUAAGUACGACUGAUCCGUUGUUAAGGAUUCUCUCGACGAAAAAAGAAGCGGGAAAAAUGGUGAGACGAGCCGCGCGGGAACAUGAAAUGAAGGUCUACAACGAACCUCCAAAGAAAGUGACCCGUCGACCAGUCAUAACCACGGACCAACGUUUAUUCAUUCGUACGCACGGGACAAUGGGAAUGGCAUGUCUGAGGGCUGUACAGCAAGCAUAUAGAGAUCGCGAACGUAYUGAACGUAAUAAUGGCAAAAUAGAUAAAGUAGCGCAGAUGAGAGGAGAGCGCGAAAUGGCUAAAGGACGCGUUAGAGCUUAUAAGCAGGAGUACUUGGAAACGACACUGCGUCGACGGAUAAGAGAUGGYGUGAAGACGGCCGAAGCGUUGAAAGAGCGACAGGAAAGACAGGCUGAAGAGCACGAACGUCUUCAUACAGCACGCGCUGUAACAGCAGAACAGCGCAAAUCUCGUCAAGCUGAUUUUGCGUUCAUAAAUGAUUUCUCCUGCCAACAGACCUCCGUCGCAAACGCGCUUAUGAAGCACGACAGAACCACACAGAGGGAAGAGAUGCUACAUGACGUAAGCGAAUUGGUUAGAAAGGAAAAGGAAUCGGGUUUAGAGCAGCAUAGUCUCGUUAAAAGGUACAUGGAGCACAGACAGUUACUGAGACAAGCUGAGACAGCUAUGGCUAAAGCAGCGCUUGAAGAGCGUCUCUUCCAAGAGGUCAAUCAGCGAGCUGAUGACGUAAAAAAUAGACUCACACAAAUCAAAUCUAGAAGUCAGCAGCGUAAGGAUUACCAUGCUGUACCAUUAACUGUUGCACCCCCACAGCUACCCCCACUGGGCGUGGUUUCACCUGAUCAGAUGGAUGUCUGGGAUAGGCUACCUAAAGUUGAUUGGCAGCCGAGAAUCCACGAGAGAACACAAUCCGAGCCUGUUAAAGGGGUUCGACCUACACACAGGCAGCGAUUGUUCACAUAUCAAUCAUAUGUCGCACUAGCUUAAUAGUUUUUUACUCUUUUAAAAAUUACCAAAAAAUCUGUUUUCACUCUAGCUAGAUAUUUUGUUAUAAUCUAACAGUUUAAUAUUAAUUUUAGAUUAUUUUUUAUGAAAUAAAUGUGAUUCAUAAUGAGAUGUACAAAUUUAAUUUUUUUAAGUCGUUUAAAACUAAUAAAAAUAUAUAUUGUUAACUCUAAAGUCUCUAAAGAAAAUAGGGAAAAUAAUAAAUGGGAUAAAUCCUAUUUCUCCAUCCCACCCUAAGCACAACAAAUUGGCACAACAACUGUGCCUCAGUUCAUGCUAACUUUGAAAACUAAGUGAAGUGUAAAAUAUUUUCAGCCACAAAAUAUUGUCAGAAGGCAAAAGAAACCAGUUAUUAUAGAGUGCAAAUAAUAUACCUAUAAAAUAGAUAGCUAGCUAACUAAUUACUAACCUUCGGUUGCCUAAGUCUAAUUAGUUAAAAUAGGCGGGCCGUGACGGGUAAACUAGUGCACGUGUGCUACUCAAGGGUGCACAUUUUAAAAUACUUUUAAACACAUUUACAAAAACUGAAACAUUUUCUUGUUGUACAUGCUUUUCCUUUGUAUAAUUUGACAUGUUCACACUUUCGUAUCUAUCCAUUUGUGUAUYGAGUUGUUACGCCCRUGCCCUUGUCAUGCCUUACUGAAUUCCUAUUUCUUGUCUAAUUAAGUGCUAACUAUCUCCCAUUUCAUCCUAAUUAUUUUACGGGUAUAUUAUUUGCACUUUAUAUGCAUAAUAUUGGUUUAAGAUAUUUAUUUAACUUCAAAAGUGAUUUAGAGUUAAAAUAGAAUUAUUGCCUAAUGAAGGUGAUACUUCCUUUUUCUAUAAGCCAUAAUAUGGUAAAGUUAUAU